AUGGAGUUUCUUGGAGACAGCUCUGAAACGGACAAGAAGACAAUGAAGAAGAAACGUUUCCACCGUCACACACCUCACCAGAUCCAACGCCUUGAAUCAGCUUUUAAUGAGUGUCAACAUCCAGAUGAGAAACAGAGAAUGCAACUCAGUAGAGAAUUGGGUUUAGCUCCAAGACAGAUCAAGUUUUGGUUUCAAAACCGAAGAACACAAAAGAAGGCACAACACGAGAGAGCUGAUAACUGUGUACUCAAGGAAGAGAACGAUAGGAUUCGUUGCGAAAACAUUGCCAUUAGAGAAGCUCUCAAACACACCAUUUGCCCCACUUGUGGUGAUGCUCCUCUUCAUGAAGACUCUUACUUUGAUGAACAGAAGCUCCGAAUCGAAAAUGGACAGCUUAAAGAAGAGCUUGAAAGGGUUUCAAGCAUUGCAGCUAGAUUCAUGGGGAGACCAUUUUCUCAUCUCCCACCACUACUACUAAAUCACAGUGGUCCUUCUCUUGAUUUUGAUCUUCUUCCAGGAAGUUAUUCUUCAAUGGCUGUUCCUACUUUACCAUCUCAACAAAACUUGGUUUUGUCAGAGAUUGAUAAGUCUCUGAUGACCAACAUUGCUGUGGCCGCUAUGGAAGAGUUGCUUAGGCUUACACAAACAAAUGAGCCUCUAUGGAUCAAAACAGAUGGAGUCAGAGACGUUUUAAGUCUCGAAAGCUAUGAGAAUAUGUUCCCAAGAUCAAGAAGCCGUGGAGGAAAGAACCAUAACUCUCGAGUGGAAGCAAGUAGAUCUUCUGGUAUUGUUUUCAGUAAUGCUAUGACUCUUGUGGACAUGCUCAUGGACUCUGUCAAAUCUGCAGAGCUUUUCCCCUCGAUCAUUGCAGAAUCUAAAACUCUUGCAGUGGUUUCAUCUGGAUUACGUGGAAGCCACGGAGAUGCAUUGCAUUUGAUUCUUGAAGUGCUUCAAGUGCUUUCACCAUUGGUACCAACUCGCGAGUUCAGUGUGUUAAGAUAUUGUCAGCAAAUCGAACGUGGAACUUGGGCUAUUGUUAAUGUCUCCUAUGAGUUUCCUCAGUUUAUGUCUCACUCUCGGUCAUAUCGGUUUCCUUCUGGUUGCUUGAUUCAAGACAUGUCCAAUGGCUAUUCCAAGGUUACUUGGGUUGAACAUGUUGAAAUCUCAGAGCAAGAACAUGUUCAUGAGAUGUUUAAAGAUUAUGUCCGUGAAGGAUUAGCUUUUGGAGCUGAACGUUGGAUCUCUACUCUCCAAAGAAUGUGUGAAAGAUUCACAGCUCUAAUGGAACCCGAAACAUCCUCGGUGAUUCCAUCACCUGAAGGGAAGAGAAGUAUAAUGAAACUUGCUCAAAGAAUGGUAAGCAACUUCUGCUUGAGCGUUGGUACAUCUAACAACACUCGAUCAACGGUUGUUUCGGGAAUGAAUGAGUUUGGAAUCCGUUUGACUUCGUAUAAGAGUCUGCACGAACCAAAUGGAAUGGUUCUGUGUGCUGCCACCAGCUUCUGGCUCCCUGUUUCUCCACUUAUCGUCUUCAAUUUCCUCAAAGAUGAAAGAACUCGACCACAGUGGGACGUUCUUUUGAAUGGAAGUUCAGUUCAAGAAGUUGCUCAUAUAGCAAACGGUUCACAUCCAGGAAACUGCAUUUCUGUUCUUCGUGGAUUCAAUGCAUCAUCAUCACAGAACAACAUGCUGAUUCUACAAGAAAGCUGCGUAGACUCAUCAGGCUCACUUGUGGUCUACACUCCAGUGGAUUUACCAGCACUGAACAUGGCAAUGAGUGGUCAAGACACAUCUUACAUCCCCAUUUUACCCUCUGGUUUUGCUGUUUUACCAGACGGAAACAGGAAUAAUCAACUUGCAGAGAUUAAAACUGAAGGAGGAGGAGGAGGUUCAUUGAUAACGGUUGGGUUUCAGAUAAUGGUGAGUAGUUUGCAGUCAGGAAAAUUGAAUAUAGAGUCAAUGGAAACAGUUAAUAACCUCAUCAGUUCCACUGUCCAUCACAUUAAAACCUCUUUGAAUUGUCCUUCCAACCGCUUGAUGACGCCAUUAAUUUCUGAGAAGGGUCUUCAAUUAUCAGAGAAAGGGAGUUAUUGAGCACUUAUUUUGCCUUCAGUGCCAGCAAAGAGUGUAAGACAAUCAUUACUCAUCUGGUUACUUGUCUCCUUUUUUCACUCUCUUGUUCAGCUUUUGUUUCUGUGGUCUUUUUUGUGUGUUCGAAAUGGUAAUUUUAGUGGGAGGUGGGAGUCAAGAACGCACCAUGCACACGAUGUUCUUUGUGUAUGGUUCGGGCAUUGACUUCUGUUUGUUUCUUUUGUCUGGUUACAGUUGUUAAGUAACUACUUUUCUUAGCUAUAUUUCUUCCAUAGUUUAUCUACCCACCUGUAGCCAUAAAU